AUGGCCGGAGGAGUUGCUGUCAAUGGAAACGAUCAGCCAAACUCAGACAAGCCAUCCAAACUCGACAUCCUAGAUGAUGGGGGCAGCGGCGGCGGCGGCGGCGGCGGCGGAGAAGAAGGAGAGAUAAACGACAACCCCAUCGAGCAAGUGAGGCUGACGGUUCCAAUCACCGACGACGCAAGCCAACCGGCGUUAACGUUUCGAACAUGGGUGCUAGGUUUAAUGUCGUGCGUAAUCCUGGCGUUCGUGAACCAGUUCUUCAGUUACAGGACGAACCAGCUCACGAUUACCUCUGUGUCGGCUCAGAUUGUGAGUCUUCCGCUGGGGAAGCUCAUGGCGGCGACGCUGCCCAGAAAGAAGAUAGGGGUCCCACUGACGAACUGGUCGUUUUCUCUGAACCCAGGGCCUUUUACUCUGAAAGAACACGUGCUCAUCACCAUCUUUGCCAGCUCUGGUUCAAGUGGGGUUUACGCCAUUAACAUUAUUACCAUUGUUAAAGCUUUUUAUCAUCGCAGUAUCCAUCCCUUGGCUGCCUAUUUGCUUGCAAUAACUACCCAGAUGAUAGGAUAUGGAUGGGCUGGAGUAUUUAGGAAGUUCCUUGUUGACUCUCCUUACAUGUGGUGGCCAGCAAAUCUGGUUCAGGUCUCUCUAUUCAGGGCCUUCCAUGAGAAAGAAAGGAGGCCAAGGGGUGGGACCACAAGACUUCAAUUCUUCUCCUUGGUCUUUGCAACAAGCUUCGCCUAUUACAUAAUCCCAGGCUACUUCUUCCCAUCAAUCUCAGCCAUAUCCUUCGUUUGUUUGAUCUGGAAGCACUCCGUAACCGCCCAGCAGAUCGGCUCCGGCAUGUCCGGCCUCGGCAUCGGCUCCUUCGGCCUCGACUGGAACACGGUGGCCGGUUUCUUAGGCAGUCCCUUGGCUAACCCAGGCUUCGUCAUCGUCAACGUCCUCGUAGGGUUUGGCUUGUUCCUCUACGUCGUCAUCCCCAUUGCUUAUUGGUCCAAUUCUUUUGAAGCCAAGAAGUUUCCUCUCUUUAGCUCUCACACCUUUGAUUCCACUGGUGCAAAGUACAACGUCACUAGGGUUUUGAAUCAAGCUAACUUUGACAUUGACAUGGACCAAUAUAACAGUUAUAGCAAACUCUAUUUAAGUGUCUUAUUUGCCUUUAACUAUGGCCUCAGCUUCGCAACUCUUACUGCAACUAUUUCACAUGUUUGCCUCUUUCAUGGAAAGACUAUAUAUCAGAUGUGGAAGAAGACGACAGAUCAGUUAAAAGGUCAUUUUGCAGAUGUGCACACAAGGAUUAUGAAGAAGAACUAUGAACAAGUUCCAGAUUGGUGGUUUGUUUCUAUUUUGGUUAUAAUGGGAGGUCUAGCCUUAUUUGCUUGUCAAGGUUUUGGAGCUCAGCUUCAACUUCCAUGGUGGGGAGUCUUAUUCUCUUUCGCUAUUGCAUUUGUGUUCACUUUGCCUAUUGGGGUCGUCCAAGCCACAACAAAUAUUCAAGUAGGCCUUAACGUUAUCACAGAGUUAAUCAUUGGGUUCAUUUACCCUGGAAGACCUCUUGCUAAUGUUGCUUUCAAGACCUACGGUUACAUUAGCAUGGCUCAAGCCCUUAGCUUCGUUUCUGAUUUCAAAUUAGGGCACUACAUGAAAAUUCCUCCAAAAUCUAUGUUCAUUGUGCAGUUGGCUGGAACCAUAGUUGCUUCUGUAGUGUAUUUUGGCACAGCAUGGUGGCUUCUAACAACAGUAGAAAACAUCUGUGACGCUAGUCUAUUAUCAGAAGGAAGUCCCUGGACAUGCCCAGGCGACGAUGUGUUCUACAACGCAUCGAUCAUUUGGGGAGUGAUAGGACCAAAAAGAAUGUUCACAAAGGAAGGAAACUACCCACAAAUGAACUGGUUCUUCCUCAUUGGUCUUCUUGCUCCUGUCCCAGUUUGGAUUCUCUCACGCAAGUUCCCAAACCAGAAAUGGAUUCCUCUCAUAAACAUGCCCAUCAUUUUCAGCGGAGCAGGAGGCUUACUUCCAGCAAAAUCAGUGAACUAUAUAAUGUGGGCAAUCGUUGGCAUUUUCUUCAACUUUUAUGUGUACAGUAGGUUUAAGGGUUGGUGGGCCAGGCAUACUUAUAUUUUAUCUGCUGGUCUUGAUGCUGGUGUUGCUUUUACUGGUGUUCUUCUGUUUUUAACCCUGCAAAGCUACGAUGUUAUAGGUCCCACUUGGUGGGGCCUGCAAGCUGAUGAUCACUGUAGCUUGGCCAAGUGCCCCACAGCACCAGGUGUUAAGGCUCCAGGGUGCCCUACUUUUUAAGUGUUAAUGUCAAAUUAUAGGACUCCUGGACCAAAAUACUGCAUCAUUGAUUUGUAAAUGUAUAUACGUACGUACUGCAGAUACUUCUUCUUGGUACUUUCAAUUUUAAGGAUUUGGUUGGCAAAUAUAUA